AUGACUAAUGAAAAGAUAAUGACAAAAACAGGAGAAAAAAAUGGAGAAUAUCUAGAAAAUAUAGAUAAAGAACAUGUAAAUAAUAAAGGUUUAAAGGAAUUUGAUGAGAGAUUAGGGUAUCCAGAAAAUUUGGAUAAUGAAGAAAAAAGUUUAAAGGUUAAGAACCGUAUGGAUCAAUUAAUGAAUUUAAGAAAACGUAUGCGUCUUUCAGCAGAGGCAAAUCGUAAGGAUUUAUUUAGUGAAUAUCAGCGUUUAAAAGAAGAUCCAAAGUUAGCAAAAAAAAUUGAGUUUAAAAGACAAGACGCAGAGAAAAAAUUAGAGAAACAGGAGUCUAUAGAGAGAGGAGAAGAUUAUGAGAGGAAACGUGCAUGGGAUUGGACAAUCGAAGAGUCAGAACGAUGGGAUCAACGAAUGAAAGAGAAACAAGAAGCACGUGAUAAGUCAUUAUUUGCAGAUUAUACACAAGUAGCUCAACAUAGUUAUGAAAAAUUGAUGCGUAAGUUUAAACCGGAUUUAGAAACGUAUGAGAAAGAACGAGCAAAAGUUGUUGCAAAUAAAACGAUAUUGGAUGAAAAUGAUUCAGAAGUGACAAAUACAUAUGAAUCAUUUUAUAGGGAUGCAAAUUUUCUUGGGUUUGCGAAUAAUAAACCCAGUAAAAAAGCAAUUGAUCGUCUUAUUGAAGAUCUUAAUAAACAGAAGGAAAUGAGAAAUAAAUCGAGAAGACGAAUUGAUCCAGAUGACGAGGAUGUUAGCUAUAUAAAUGAAAGAAAUGCGAAUUUCAAUAGGAAAAUUUCAAGAUUUUAUGACAAAUAUACAAGAGAGAUUCGAGAAAGUCUUGAAAGAGGUACAGCUGUCUGA